AUGGGCGAAUCUCAGAAGGAAAUCAAGUUUGAUGAGGUUGCUUUGAAUCUUAUAAGGGCAGAAACUAUCCGGAAAGAGCGCAAGAAUGCACGCCUAAACGAGACUUUUCGUCUUAAUCCCAAGAAUCUUGUCAAUAGUAUGGUCACUGGAAAGCCGAAUGAAGACCUGCAGAGGUUUGGUGAAGCAUCAGGAGCGUCGCACGACAUCAUGGAGGAGUUGGACAAGACAAUCAAAGAGACUCGCAAGGUUCCGACGGAGAAGUAUGCUGCUCCCAUCACAAGCAGCCAUGAAAUUGGAUGGUUUAGCACGCCUCUGAUGAAGCAACGAAUCUCAGUUGGGCUCAAGAGCAACGAAAUAACAAGCUACGCAGCUUUGUACACUGCGGCCAUGGGGAGAAACCCGUUCGCAGCGCGCGACAAAUAA